AUGACAGAGGCAAACCAUAUGAAUAGAAACAACUUUGGUGGAGGUUCUAAUCAUGUGGACAAGCCUACAAGGGACAAUUGGUCUCAACAUGCCAAAGCACAUGAUAAUUUUUCAAACCAAGAUAAAUUCUUGAAAUCAAGUUUCCUUUUCUCUUUGUCAACACAAAAACCUUGUGUUGAAGGAGCCAUGUCAGCAGCUGUAAGAUCACUUUCUUCCCAAUUUCAAAAUGUUACAAACUCACAAAGUCAACAUGUUGACAAGGCUUGGCGAGCUCUUUCCAACCUGAAGUUGUCUUCUAGGAAUUAUAUAAAACCUGGUAAAAGCAGACCACUGGCUAAUAAUGGUGGUUCUACUUCUGCUUCAUUUCAAGAUGUUAGAAAACCUACUCAACAAUUUUCCUCUAAUGUGAAUAACAAAAAUUUGGGACAAAAUCAAGCACACCAAUCAAAUGAAACAUAUGUGGCGGAAGCUUCUGGAAGGUUUGGAACUAUGUUUAGUGGUGGUUAUGCAUCAAAUCCCAUGGAAGCUUCUGGAAGAAAUAUGAAUGCAUCAUACAACAAUGCCACAAAUCAUGGUGGUUAUGCAUCAAAUCCCAUGGAAGCUUCUAGGAGAAAUAUGAACGCAUCAUACAACAAUGCCACAAAUUCAGGUCAUGGCAUACACAACUAUGGUACAAAUGCAGGCCACUUCAAAGGGUUUCAAGAAACUGACACUGGUGGCAUUGAUGAUGAUGAUGAUAUCCUUCUGAAUCUUGAUUUGGAUCAAAUAGUCUCUGAACACUACCAGUCAUCUUGCACACCACCAUCAUCAACCUUGAAGUUUCCACCUGUCAAUCCAGCUAGCAUUUCAAGACAUGAUGACAUAAGUUUGCCUCUAGAACUAUGUGUGGAAUGCAGUCAUGGUUUUAAGCUAGGACAUUGUCCUGAAGCUUCAAAUCAUUUGCAAAUAAUGAAGGACAUGCUCAUUUCAAUAUCAAAUGAUCUACUUGACAAUGUUGACCUGAAUUCAGAUCAAAUAGAGAAGCUUCGCCAAGAUAGGAUAAUGCUGAAUAAGCAAAUCCAACAGCUUGAGAAACAUCUUCAAUCUAGAAUGGUUGAUCAUGAAGGACCCAAAUCAAACUUCACACCAAAUACUGCUUCCACUAGAUCUUUUCAGUAUGAAACUCCUCCAACAUUUGCUUCAAGAGUUGAUGCCACAAGACUUGAUGAUCAAUUUUACAUGCAUAAUGACAUGCAUAAUGAGAAUAAUAGAUGGAAUUCACCAUCAGUAUCAUAUUCCUCAGUUAGUAAUGUCAGUGUUUCUUCAGCUCCUGUAGAGAGGGAACCAUACAUUCCAAAGUAUGUAGAAGUCAAUUACAUUGAAGGUUCAGAUGACAAGAACUGGAGUAAGCGAGAUUUUCCAUGGACCAAGGAGUUGGAGGCUAAUAACAAAAAGGUGUUUGGGAAUCACUCAUUCCGACCUAACCAAAGAGAAGUGAUUAACGCAACAAUGAGUGGGAAGGAUGUUUUUGUUUUAAUGCCAACUGGAGGUGGAAAAAGUCUGACUUAUCAGCUUCCUGCUCUUAUUUGUCCUGGUAUAACAUUGGUAAUCUCACCUCUUGUUUCACUGAUUCAAGAUCAAAUAAUGCAUCUCUUGCAGGCAAACAUUCCUGCUGCUUACUUAAGUGCCACUAUGGAGUGGAGUGAGCAACAAGAGAUUCUAAGAGAGCUUUGCUCAGACAACUGUAACUACAAGCUGUUAUAUGUCACCCCAGAGAAAGUGGCAAAAAGUGACUUUUUGCUACGACAAUUGGAAAACAUACAUGCAAGAGAAUUACUAUCUAGAAUUGUCAUUGAUGAAGCACAUUGUGUAAGCCAAUGGGGACAUGAUUUCAGACCAGAUUAUCAGGGUCUUGGGAUUUUGAAGCAAAAAUUUCCAACAGUACCUGUACUGGCUUUAACUGCAACUGCUACAGCCAGUGUAAAGGAAGAUGUAGUGCAGGCUCUUGGUUUAGUUGACUGUGUUAUUUUUAGGCAGAGUUUCAAUCGCCCAAACUUAAGGUUUUCAGUUGUCCCCAAGACAAAAAAAUGUAUUGAGGAGAUGCAUGAAUUCAUUAAGAAGAGACAUUUUGAUGAAUGUGGAAUCAUUUACUGUCUUUCAAGGAUGGACUGUGAAAAAGUUGCUGAGAAAUUGAAGGAGUAUGGGCACAAAGUAGGUUUUUAUCAUGGUUCUAUGGAUCCUGAUAUGCGUGCAUUAGUUCAAAGGCAGUGGAGUAAAGAUGAGAUUAAUAUAAUAUGCGCAACUGUGGCCUUUGGAAUGGGUAUUAAUAAACCGGAUGUUCGGUUUGUGAUUCAUCAUUCUCUUCCUAAAUCAAUUGAGGGUUACCAUCAGGAGUGUGGGCGUGCAGGAAGAGAUGGCCAGCUUUCUUCCUGUGUGUUGUAUUAUAGUUAUAGUGAUUAUAUCCGAGUGAAGCUAAUGCUUAGUUAUGGAGCUGAACAAACCUCUUUUGCAUCUCCUCGUAUGGGUACAUCAAAUUCAGGAAGGAUACUGGAAACAAAUACUGAAAACCUUUUAAGAAUGGUCAGUUACUGUGAAAACGAGGUUGACUGCAGACGUUUUCUACAACUUGUCCAUUUUGGGGAAAAGUUUGACUCUUUCAACUGCCAAAAAACAUGUGAUAAUUGUUUGAAAAGUCAAACCCUUGUGGAAAAAGAUGUCACCCAAGUCGCAAAACACUUGGUUGACUUGGUCAAACUAACACAGCAGCAAGUCUCAGCAUCUCAUAUCUUGGAUGUCUACAAGGGUUCCAUGAGCCAAAUUGUUAAAAAGUACAAACAUGAUAAAUUAAGAUUGCAUGGAGCUGGAAAAAAUGCAGCCAAAGGGGAAGCAUCGCGUGUGCUUCGUCAUCUUGUUGUUGAGGAGAUUCUUGUGGAAGAUGUAAAGAAAAGCGAUUAUGGAUCUGCUUCAUCGGUUUUGAAGGUAAAUGAAAAGAAGGCUGGAAGUUUAAUUGCAGGUCGGCAGACCAUAACUUUAAGAUUUCCUUCUGGUGUUAAAGCAUUCAAGUCCUUAAGAAAUGAUGCAACUCCAGCAAGAGGCUUAUCAACAUCAACAUCAGCAUCAAAACAAAACCCUGUGCAAUUAGACACUUCUGCUCAACCUCAGACACAAGGAGACUCAGCGCUUUCAGCAAAGCUAUACUCGGCUUUGCGACUCCUUCGAACUCAUCUACUCAGGGAAGCAUCAGAAAAGGGCAUGUCAUACUCCGCACAUCACAUUUUUGUGAAUGAAACACUACACGAUAUAGGGAGAAAGAUUCCCAGAACUAAGGAAGAGCUUCUUGAAGUUCAUGGAAUUGGCAAGGCAAAAGUAAGCAAGUAUGGGGAUCGAGUUUUGAAAAUCAUUGAAGAUACUGUAAAUGCUCAUUACAACAACACUACAGAUAAAACCAAAAGCAAAACCAAAAGCAGCAGCAACAGUACAGAUUCCAUAAAAAGAAGGAGAAACACAUUAGACAAAAUCCCAAAUGGGGAUUUAGGUUAUGAAGAUGAAGAUGAUUUUGUUGCAAGCACUGCACGUUCAAAGAAAAGGGUAUUUGAAAAACCAAAACCGGAUCCAGUUGCAGAAACUGUUGACUAUUUUUAUGAAAUUCCAGAUGAGGAUUUGGAUUUGGAGUUGUUUGACAAGGUCUGUGAGAUUCACACAAGUGCUUCAAAUCCAAAGCCUGAAACUGAAAGGAAGAAUAUUGGAGGACGAGUGUUACCUUCUUGGUGAACAUGUCACCCGUAGAAUUAAUUGUACAGUUGAUAAUGGCAUGUUCUAUUUAGUUACAGAUGAGUUUGUUGUUUUCUUGUUAUUUAUGUUGUAUAUUCAUGUUUAUUGUUCUCUACUUUUCAUUGGAUAUAGUCGAU